AUGAUUCCAAUGACUGGGAAGAUACCAGUGAUCACAGUUGGUGUGAGUCAAUCCCACAACAGGCAGGUCUGCAGCACGUGGGGUAACUACCACUACAAAACCUACGAUGGGGACUUCUUCCAGCUGCCCUACACCUGUAACUACGUGUUGACUUCGCUAUGCAAAAGCAGAAGUGGCUACGAGGAGUUCAACAUUCAGCUGCAGCGUGAAGAGGUGGACGGUCAGGCCACCAUCAAGAAGAUCUCUCUGAAGCUGGAUGGGACCUUCGUGGAGCUGACUCAAAGUAGCAUCAAUGUCAAUGGGAAACAGGUCACGUUACCAUUUGGUCAGUUUAAUAUCUUCAUGGAGAGGACCAACUCCUAUGUGAAGAUCACAGCCAAGCUGGGUUUAGUCAUCAUGUGGAACAAAUAUGAUGGCCUUUCGGUGGAGUUAGACUCAAAGUUCCAGAAUCAGACCUGUGGGCUAUGUGGAGACUUCAAUGGAGUUCAGCUUUACGACGAGUUCAUUAGGACAGCGUGUGAGGAGUUUCUCACCAGUUCAGCCUUCAGUAGCUGUGAGGACCUGAUUUCCACGGACUCCUUCGUCGAGGCUUGCAUGGCAGACAUGUGUCACUGUGGUAACAGCAACAACAGCGAGUCCUGCAUGUGCCAAACCAUUUCAGAGUAUUCCCGCCAGUGUGCUCACGCAGGGGGCGUGCCCCAGAAGUGGAGGACAGACCAGUUCUGCUUGGAGACGUGUCCUUUGAACAUGAAGUACCAGGAGUGUGGAAGCCCCUGUAUUGAUACCUGCUCCAACCCACAGGCGAACCAGCAUUGUGAGGAACACUGCAGUGAUGGAUGCUUCUGUCCUGCUGGAACUGUGUUUGAUGACAUUAAUCAGAGUGGCUGUGUAGCUGUGGACCAGUGCUCUUGUCUCCACAACGGAAUGUCUUACAAGCCUGGAGAUACAUACUCUAGAACAUGCCAAGAAUGUACCUGCAAGGAUGGCCAGUGGAACUGUGUAGGUCUGGACUGUCCAGGUACCUGCUCCAUAGAGGGAGGUUCCCACAUCACCACCUACGACGGGAAAGCCUACACCUUCCAUGGAGACUGCUCCUAUGUCCUGUCCAAGCAAAUCUAUGGGAGUGUUUUCACUGUCCUGGGUGACAUAGAGAAAUGUGGGACAACAAACACUGAGACCUGCCUAAAGGGUGUAACCCUGGUGAUUCCACAGUCCAAGAUGAUCGUCAUUGAGGCCAGUGGAACCGUCAGUAUGGACAAAAUGUUAUCAACGUUGCCCAUCGUCAUGGAGAAUGUAACGAUCUUCAAGCCCUCUACGUUUUACAUCGUUGUGCAGACCUCUUACGGGCUUCGUCUGGAGAUCCAGUUAACACCUAUAAUGCAGGUGUACAUCACAGCUAGCAGUUCCCUUAAAGGAAAAACCCAGGGUCUUUGCGGAGACUUUAACAGCAUCCAAGCUGAUGACUUCAGAACCAUCAACGGACUGGUGGAAGGAACGGCUGUGACAUUUGCCAACACGUGGAAGACCCAAGCAAGCUGCCCCGAUGUGACCCAGAGCUUUGAGAACCCAUGCUCUCUGAGUGUAGAGAAUGAGAAAUAUGCCAAGCAUUGGUGCUCAAUGCUAUCUGAUGCUGCAGGAAUAUUUUCUGAAUGCCACAGUGAGGUCCACCCAGAUCCCUACCAAGCGAAUUGCAGGUAUGACAGCUGUAACUGUGAGAAGACUGAGCAGUGCAUGUGUGCAGCAAUCUCCUCCUACGUCCACGCCUGUGCUGCUGCUGGCAUCCUGCUGACAGGAUGGAGAAACACCACCUGUGGAAAUUACGCUCAGUGCCCUGACACGAUGGUGUAUGACUACGAUAUGACCAGCUGUGGUCGCACCUGUCGCUCGCUAAGCCAAAAGGACUUUACCUGCCAGAGGAAAUGCCAAAUUAUGCUUAACCCCUUGUAUACCUUUUUAACUAGUUCAUGUAGAAAUGGGAUAUUAAGCUGUACUGGAGAAGUAACUCCUUCAUCUUGUGAAAGUCCAAUGGUUUUCUUCAACUGCUCCAAUGCUGCACCAGGUGCCAAAGGCUCAGAGUGUCAGAAGAGCUGCCGAACAAUAAACCAUGACUGUUUCAGUAAAGAAUGCCUGUCAGGCUGUAUGUGUCCUGAUGGUCUGCUGUCUGAUGGGAAUGGAGGAUGUGUUAAGGAAGAUCUUUGUCCCUGUUCUCACAAUGGAGUCGACUACCAACCUGGGGAGAAAAUUAAAAUAAAAUGCAAUAACUGCACUUGCAGUGGAAGCAAUUGGGAUUGCACCAAUAACGUGUGUCCCGGGACGUGUGCCAUAUAUGGAGAUGGUCAUUACAUCACAUUCGAUGAGAAAAGGUUUAAUUUCAAUGGAGACUGUGAAUACACUCUAGCUCAGGACUACUGUUCCAACAAUCUAAACGGAACCUUUAGAGUGAUCACACAGAACAUUCCCUGUGGAACUACCGGCACAACCUGUUCCAAGGCCAUCAAGCUCUUCUUGGGGAGCAAAGAGAUUAUACUACAAGAUGAAGUUGUAAAAGUGGUGAGACUGCAGGAGACCGGGAUAGAUGUGGACUUCAAGGUCCACACUGUUGGUCUGUACAUUGUUAUUGAGGCUGGAAAUGGUCUGAUUCUAAUGUGGGAUAAGAGAACAAGCCUGUUCAUCAAACUCGACUCUAAAUUCAAGGGACAAGUGUGUGGUCUGUGCGGAAACUACGACGGAAAUGGGAAUAAUGACUUCACAUCCAGAAACCAGGAAGUGGUUGUGGAAGCGCUGGCAUUUGGCAACAGCUGGAAAGUGUCUCCCGGUUGCCCCGACGCUGUUGACAUAAGGGACCCGUGCACCGUGAGGUCAUACAGGCAGUCCUGGUCUCUGAAACGCUGCAGCAUCAUCAAGAGUCCAGUAUUCGCAGACUGCCACUCCCAGGUGGACCCCACCCCAUAUCAUGAUGAGUGUGUCAGGGACUCGUGUGCCUGUGACACUGGGGGAGACUGUGAGUGUUUCUGUACAGCUGUAGCAGCCUACGCCCAGGCCUGUAACGAGGUGGGGACCUGCAUACGCUGGAGAACGCCAGACAUCUGCCCUCUAUUCUGUGAUUUCUACAACCCCGAUGGGGAGUGUGAGUGGCACUAUAAGCCUUGUGGUUACCCCUGUAUGAAGACCUGCCAGAAUCCAGAAGGAACAUGCUCAAAACAGAUCCCUGCACUGGAAGGUUGCUAUCCAAAAUGCCCUUCGGACCAGCCUUAUUUGGAAGAAAGCACUAUGAAAUGUGUCACUGAGCCAGAGUGUGGUUGCUAUGAUGGAAAAGGAAAUCAUUACAAGGAUCAGGAGGUUAUGCCUUCUGACAAGAACUGUUAUACAUGUCGCUGCUCAUCAACUAAAACCAUUUGCACCCCCGACAAGAACGCUUGCAAGUGUUUCCACAAGGGCACAACAUACCCAUAUGGAGCGACCGUGCAUACAGUUAACGGGGAUGGGACCUGUACUAAUGGCACCUGCACAGAAAACGGAAUCACUGACUUCAUUACCUACAGCUGUGGUUGCUUUUAUAACGGAACAACCUACCCAGUUGGAGCGACCCUGUGGUUGCUUUUAUAA